GGGAUUAUUUAAGGUGAAUGCUUCUUUAGACAGCUAGAGAGAUACAAGCAUAUUUCAAAUUUCAAAUUUCAAAAGAAGAGAGAGAAAAUGUCAUCGGGAAAUAUCAAAGGUUUCUACAAGCAAAGAAAAAACCCCACCACCGCCACAGCCAACACCAAAAAAUCUCCUAUCCACGCCGCCACUUUCAGUUCCAAUCUCGCCCAACCACCAGCCCUCACAUCCCGCAACGGCAAACCAGAUCUCCAAGAUGAAUGUAGCGAAAGCGAGUCGGUGUUGCGCCAAUUUGACAUGAACACGGUUUACGGUCCUUGUAUUGGGAUGACGAGGCUGGCACGCUGGGAGCGUGCGGUGAAUCUCGGUUUGAACCCUCCGCAGGAAAUUGAGAGGCUUUUGAAAAGUGGUAAAGUUCAGCAAGAAUCCCUCUGGGAUAGUCGCAUUUAGAAUGCUUUUGUGUGUUUUAUUAUUAUCAUUAUAACCUAUAAUCAAAGUGUAAUCUUUGUGUUUAGAUUUUGCUUAGGGAAAUCAGUUUCUGGCUGUGUACCAUUUCCCAUGCUACUGUAUUUCGUUAACUUGGUGAUGCUAAGGUGUUAAGUGAAUGCUUAUGCUAUUACUAUAUGAAUUAAAGUUGUUGGCAUUA